AUGUUGCUGCAAAAGCCUUUCUCAAUAGAGAGCAUGAAAUCCUGGAGUAUGGAUCUGCAAACGAUAACAACAUUUACGCUGGGUGAGAUGGGGAAACAUAACGUGGUGAUCACUCAGCUGCCAGAGGGGGAGUACGGGAUAGCAGCUGCUGCCGGUGUCGCGCGAGAUAUGGUGCGAAGCUUUUCCAAUAUCAGGAUUGGCCUGAUGGUUGGCAUCGGAGGAGGUGCCCCAAGUAAAAAGCACGAUAUCCGGCUCGGCGACGUUGUGAUCAGUGCACCCCACAAUGGAAAGGGUGGUUUAUUUCAGUACGACUUUGGGAAAACCAUACAGGAUCAGGAAUUUCGGACCACAGGAUUCUUGAAGCAACCCCCCAGUCUGCUUAGAGCCGAAAUGGGUGACAUUAAAGCUAAGUAUGAGAUGGAAGGACAUCAGCUUGACGAAGCGAUUAAGAGCGUGCUUGAAAGGCGGCCGAAGUUACGAAAAAAAUACAAGCGACCAGAUCUUAGUAGCGAUCGAUUAUAUCAGUCACACGUUGUCCAUCCCCAUAAUGAUGAAAGGAAUUGUGAAGUGGUGUGUGGAGAUGACGAAUUGAAGUUGGUUGUACGAUGCGACCGAAGCGAUGAAGACGAUAACCCGGCUAUUCAUUAUGGCUUGAUUGCGUCGGCAAACCAGGUGAUGAAGAAUGCUUUGAUUCGUGAUCGACUUGCAGCAGAGAAAGAUGUCCUAUGUUUUGAGAUGGAAGCAGCAGGCUUGAUGAACCAUUUUCCAUGUCUUGUUAUACGGGGCAUCUGUGACUACUCAGACUCUCACAAGAACAAAGAGUGGCAAGGGUAUGCUGCAAUGGCUGCAGCUGCUUAUGCAAAGUACCUCCUUUACAGCAUCCCCCCAUCGAGAGUGGAGGCUGAGAAAACUAUUCUUGAUGUACUCUCUUCAGUUGAGGAGGACGUGAAACAAAUCCGAACUUCUGUUCAAGAUAUCCAUUAUACUAUCGAAAUGAUGAGGCAACAUGAAGACAAUCAAGACCGUCAAGCCAUCAUUGAUUGGCUUUCUCCGGUAGACUACGCUGCUCAGCAGAGUGACUUUAUUUCCAAAUGGCAGAAAGGAACCGGGGAGUGGCUGUUGAAAUCACAUGAAUUCCAGCAGUGGCUCAAGCAAAGCAACCAGACACUUUUCUGUCCGGGAAUGCCAGGAGCAGGCAAGACAAUGAUCACGUCCAUGGUCAUUCACUACCUCCACAACACAUUCCGAAAUGACGGUGCCGUCGGAAUUGCAUACCUGUAUUGUAAUUUUAAGCGACAAGACGAGCAAAAGUUCACUGAUUUAGUGCUAAGUCUAUUAAAGCAGCUAGUUCAGGAACAAUCCUUUAUGCCAAAUACUGUGAGGGAGCUUUACGACCAUCAUAAACCAAAACGGACGCGCCCUUCAUCAGAGGAAAUCUUAGGGGCGCUAAAUAAGGUUGCUACUUCUUAUUCAAGGACCUUUGUUAUUGUGGAUGCACUAGACGAAUGUCAAGUUUCUAACGAAUGCCGAACACGGCUCGUAUUAGAGAUGCUCCGCUUUCAACGGAAGACAGGAGCAAAUCUUUUCGCGACUUCACGCUUCAUCCAUGAGAUUGAAAGCAGUUUCCACAAUAGUCCCAUACUCGAGAUCCGUGCCAAUGACGAAGACGUACAGAAAUACCUCGAUGAUAGACUGCACAAUUUCCGAUCGCUGAUUUCAAAGGAUCUUUCUCUCCAGGGGGAGAUAAAGAGUGUAAUCGCCAAGGCUGUUGACGGAAUGUUUCUCCUUGCGCAGCUCUACGUCGAUUCUCUAGCAUAUAAAACAACGAGUAAAGCGAUACGUCUUGCAUUGAAAGAUUUGGAGAUAGAAUCAAGAACGUCAGAUGGCGACAUGAAAUCCAAAGCAUUGGAUCACGCCUACGAGCAAGCUAUGGAGCGAAUUAAUACCCAGGCAGUAGAAUUCCGGGAGCUUGCUAGACAGGUAUUAUCGUGGAUCACCUUUGCCAGGAGGCCACUGAGGACUUCGGAGCUCCAACAUGCUCUAGCUAUUGAGGAUGGCGGACGUGAAGUUGACAAAGAGAAUAUCCCGGAAAUCGAAGACAUGGUCUCUGUGUGUGCUGGCCUAGUAGUUGUUGAUGAAAAGAGCCAUACCAUCCGACUUGUUCACCAUACAACACAGGAAUACUUUACCCGAAACUGGUGUUUAUGGUUUCCCAAUGUUCAGGUAGAUAUUACGCAGAGAUGUGUUACCUACCUGUUAUUUGAUGUCUUUGAAACAGGUCCCUGUCAAACAAUUGAAGAGUAUGAAGCCAGACUACAGUCUAAUGUUUUAUAUGACUACGCAGCGCAGAACUGGGGAUACCAUGCCCCAAGAUCUUUGAUGGAAGGUACUAAACAACUAAUACUGACUGUUCUUGAGAGUGAGAUGAAGGUAUCCGCCUGUGCCCAGGCGAUAAUAAUAUCCAGACGCUACUCCGGCUAUGCUCAUAGAGCUCCAACGAAUGUCAAGGGGUUGCAUGUAGCGGCAUACUUCGGAUUAGUAGAGCCGAUGACAGACUUACUCAAAAGGCAACAUGACCCAGAGUCGAAGGAUGACGGCGACCAAAUGCCACUACACUGGGCUGCUUGGUCCAGGAAUGAGGCGAUAGUAGAGCUGCUUCUUAAGAGUUGCGUUGACCCAGGCCCAAACGAUGGUGGUGGUCGGACUCCUCUACAUUGGGCUGCCCGGCACAGGCAUAGGGUGAUGGUGGAACUCUUACUCGAUAAAGGUGCAGAUCCAGGCCCUAGAGAUAAGAAUGGUCGGACACCAUUAUUGUGGGUUUCUCAGUAUGGGAAUACGGCAAUAGCCAAAUUACUACUUGACAAAGGCGCCGAUCCAGACUGUGGAGAUAAGGAUGGUCAAAUACCAGUACACUGGGCUUCUCAGCACGGGCAUGAGGCGGCAGUGGAAUUACUACUUGACGAAGGCGCCGAUCCAGACUGUGGAGAUGAUAAUGGUCAAACACCACUACACUGGGCUUUUCAGCACGGGCAUGAGGCAACAGCUAAAUUACUACUUGACAAAGGCGCCGAUCCAGACUGUGGAGAUGAUAAUGGUCGAACACCACUACACUGGGCUUUUCAGCACGGGCAUGAGGCAACAGCUAAAUUACUACUUGACAAAGGCGCCGAUCCAGACUGUGGAGAUAAGGAUGGUCAAACACCACUACACUGGGCUUUUCAGCACGGGCAUGAGGCAACAGCUAAAUUACUACUUGACAAAGGCGCCGAUCCAGACUGUGGAGAUGAUAAUGGUCGAACACCACUACACUGGGCUUCUCGGCAUGGGCAUGAGGCAAUAGUCAAAUUAUUACUUGACAAAGGCGCUGAUCCAGACUGUGGAGAUAAUAAUGGUCGAACAUCACUACACAGGGCUUUUCAGCAUGGGUAUGAGACAAUAGUCAAAUUACUACUUGACAAAGGCGCCGAUCCAGACUUUGGAGAUGAUAAUGGUCGAACACCACUACACUGA